AUGGCGGAAGACAAGGAUAAGGAACAAAAGAAGAAGGUGAACAAGGAGUCGGAGAAAAAAGAGAGGGAAAGGCAAUUAUUUGAGAACAUUCUCAAAAUAGUUCAAGCAGUAUGUCCAUCGUACGUAGAGUGUACGGAUGGUUGCAAGAAAGAAAAGGAGGGUGGUAGGAAAGAAGAGAAGAAAAAGAAGACGGAUGAAAAGAAGGAAGCGAGAAAGGGAAAUGUUGCCAGUGAUAAAGAGGAGGAUUUGUUUGAGAAUAUCCUAAAAUUAGUGAAAGAGGCGUGUCCAUCGUAUUUGGGAUGCAUGGAACAAUGCAAAGAGGAACAAGAUGAGAUUGAAAGUGAUUAUGAGGAUGAGGCGGAGAAUAGGAAGAAAGAGGAGAAAAAGGAGGAAAAGAAGAAAAAGAAGGAGAAAGAGAAGGAGGAGAAGGAGAAGGAAAAGAAGAAAAAGAAGAAAUAA